AUGGGCAAGUCGCAGUCAAAGCUUUCCCCCGAGCAGCUCGCCGAUCUCCAGAAACACACCUACUUCGACAAGCGCGAGCUCCAACAAUGGUACAAGGGCUUCCUGAAGGACUGCCCCUCCGGCCAGCUCGACAAGACCGAGUUCAGCCGGAUCUACAAGCAGUUCUUCCCCUUUGGCGACCCCGGCGAGUUCGCCGACUACGUCUUCAACGUCUUUGACGAGAACAAGAACGGCACCAUCGAUUUCAAAGAGUUCAUCUGCGCCCUCAGCAUCACCUCCCGCGGCCGGCUAGACGAAAAGCUCAAGUGGGCCUUCCAGCUGUACGAUAUCGACGGAGACGGGUUCAUCACGUACGACGAGAUGCUCCAGAUCGUCCAGUCUAUAUACAAGAUGACCGGCAAGAUGGUCAAGCUCCCCGCCGACGAGGACACCCCCGAAAAGCGAGUCGACAAGAUCUUCCGGAACAUGGACCGGGACAAGGACGCCAAACUGACCUACGACGAGUUUGUCGAAGGCAGCAAACAAGACCCCACCAUCGUGCAGGCGUUGUCGUUAUACGACGGCUUGGUAUGA